AUGUGUGCGUGUGUGAGUAUUAAAAAAUAUAUAUAGUGAUGACGGCUCUGUACAGGAUGUUCCUACACAGCACGGUUCUGCAAUGACCCAUACACGUCACAUGACCUUAGCCUACCACAGACCGUCAUGUGCAGAGCCGGCUCUUCACAGGGCGGGCAAUAUCUUGUAAAAGAAAUAAAGGACAGAAAAAAUGUACAGCUGGUGUUUGUGUGGAACAGAACGAUAACUUCCCUUAUAGAGCAUGUCGACAAGGAACUUAUCCUUGAAGAUCUGACAAGAUUUAAACAGUUUUCGGUUGACCUAAUUGUGGAGGUGGCUCAUCCAGACAUAACCAGACAAUAUGGACCCCAGUUUUUGUCACAUGCUGACUACAUGAUAGGCUCCCCAACAGCUCUGGCAGACCCUCAGUUGGAAGCCAUUCUCAGGGAAGCAGCCAUAGACCAUGGUCUGUAUGUUCCAAGUGGAGCUUUCUGGGGUGGCGAAGACAUCAAGAAGAUGGCAGAUCGCGGAACACUAAAGGCUCUGAAAAUUACAAUGACGAAGCACCCGAACAGUUUUAAACUGUGUGGAGAUAUCAAGGCAAAGAAUGCUGCUGUCACUGAUAAAGCUGUUGUGUUAUAUGAUGGUCCUGUGCGCAGUUUGUGUCCAUUGGCUCCCAACAACGUGAACACAAUGGCAGCAGCAUCACUAGCCGCUCACAACCUCGGCUUUGAUGGCGUCCAAGGCAGCAUUGUCGCAGAUCCAAACCUUCCUGACUGGCACAUUGUGGAAGUGGAAGUGUGGGGCCCGGGUGACAAGGAAUCAGGGAAGGCCUUCCACUGUAAAACUGUCAGGAGGAAUCCCGCUCUGAUCGGCAACGUCACUGGCUCUGCGACGUAUGCUUCAUUUCUCAGCAGUAUGCUCAAUGCUUGUAACAAAGGGCCUGGAGUUCAUCUUUGUUGAACAGUGGUGUAAAGAUUGAUGCAUGCUGCCUAAGUCAAUAAAAUAUCUCUCAGAAAAUAAUCUCAGUAUAGGCCUACCUAUUACAUAAAGAUUAUACAUGUAUAUUCAUGUAUUUUUAAUAUACCGGUACUAGUAUUUGAAAUGUUUGCAUGCAUGUACGUAUAUUAUAUACAGUUAAUCUGAUUGAAAUCAAAUCUUACAUUAAAGAUUAUACAUAUAUAUUCAUGUAUUUUUAAUAUACCGGUACUAGUAUUUGAAAUGUUUGCAUGCAUGUACGUAUAUUAUAUACAGUUAAUCUGAUUGAAAUGUUUGCAUGCAUGUAUGUAUAUUAUAUACAGUUAAUCUGAUUGAAAUGUUUGCAUGCAUGUAUGUAUAUUAUAUACAGUUAAUCUGAUUGAAAUGUUUGCAUGCAUGUACGUAUACUAUAUACAGUUAAUCUGAUUGAAAUCAAGUCUUAAAUUAAAGGCACAGACCCUAGUUUUAACCCGUAAAAAAUGGACACUAAGUUUAGUUAAUUUACAAACUUGUAACUUAUUUGGAUAAAGUUACAAUAGAGUGAAAGAAGAGUCUGUGACAUUAAAACGGGAAAUAUCCUUAAAAGUAGACUAGAACACGAAUCAAUAAACCGUUACUUCUCAGACCCACAUGCGUUUUUAAAAAUAUGAAAAAUGGUGGGGGUUUUGGUACUAGAAACACCUGAAUGACCAGAAACACUUCGGUUCUACGGAAAUGGAUCAUCUAAAGAAUAAAAUACAAGUAAUGUUUGAUUUCAGUGAUCAUAAACGGCUCUAAUAGUGAAAAAUAUGCAUUAGUGUUUAAAAACUAGAGUGUGUCCCUUUAACUACUCUUACAUUCAGAACUGACAAAUUCCAACAGGACAUCAUGUCCAUGUGAGGUUUUGUUAGUGAAAACCAAACUUUGUGAUAAGACCAGAAGUGAAAAACAAUUGCUCUCCUCAUAAUGUGGAGGUGGGGAAAUUUACAUUCCUAAAAUAAUCAGAGGAAAUUGCACGUCUUGAAGAUGAUUAAGUUCUUGAGUGGUACUGAUUUAUAACUUAUAUUUGUAAGAACGCUCGAUUUGUUUAAAACAACAAACAGGAUUUAGUAAAUUUUAACAAGGUAAAGUUAAACACAUUUUAUACAUGGUUUUAUCAAAGUAGGUGUGCAGUGUUUUACACCUUUCUGAUUGAAUUGAGGAGGGUUCAUGGGCAUUGUCACGAUUGCACACCUUAAAAACAGAAGUUGAUGCAUUCAUAGCAAAUGCCAUCAUAAAUCAUAUUGAGAUAUGACAACAGUCACUAUGGGUACUGCCACAUUGUUGUUUCCAUAGUAAAGUAUUUCCAUUUAAUUAUUUCCAUCUAUUUUCCACCAAAAAAAGUCUCAACAUUCCAAAUAAAAUAGCUUGUCCAUGUUUUGUUUUUGAUUUUGAACAAUUGGUGUUUUCUGGGCCAGUGCUUAUAAAAUAUUAGUCUGGGUUCAAAUCUUUAAUGAUGUCAAACGCAUGCAAUUUAUAUGCACUGUUAUGAUGUUAAAGUCUUCUGAAGAUGUUUUUGUAGUCUUGAGUCUAGACUCGAAAUGGUUUUAUAAGCAUGGAUCCCCAUGUCUUUACAGACGAGAUGUGAUGUGGGAGAUCUGGAUAUUAACUUCUUUGGCUUUAAAGGGACAUUCCCGAGUUUGCUGCAAUUUUAAAGAUGUUAUCGGCUGAUAAAGACUUUUUAACGAUUGUAAUUACAUAUCAAAUAUAUUUUUCUGCAUAACAUAUUAGUGGCUGUAUAU